CUGACCUCACAAAUAUGGCGGCGACCGUCAGUACGUACAGCAGCUUCGCUUCCGUUUCCAGAAAACUGGGAAGUUUUCUGUUUAAUUCAGUGUUUAUCACCCAGGCAGUUAACCGUGUCAACAGCAUGGACUCUGACAGGCCGACCAAGCUGGAGUUUGCGGUGCAGAUGACAUGCGAAAGCUGUGCAGAGAAAGUCAGAGCUGCUUUGGAGGGUAAACCAGGAGUUACUUCGGUCAGUAUAGAUGUCGGAAAGGAGGAGGUGCUGGUGGAGUGUGCUCUGACCAGCGCCGAGGUGCAGGCUCUUAUAGAGAGCACUGGACGCAGAGCUGUGCUGAAGGCCAUCGGGGGAUCAGAGCGAGACCUUGGUGCGGCCGUGGCUAUGCUGGCUGGAGCGGGCUCGAUUCAGGGGGUGGUGCGUUUCCUGCAGUUGUCUGAGGGGCAAUGUCUGAUCGAUGGGACCAUUGAUGGGUUGGACCCUGGACCCCAUGGCCUCCAUGUCCACACCUUGGGGGAUCUCACACAGGACUGCCUCAGUUGUGGAGAGCACUACAACCCAUUUGAGAGACAACAUGGAGGUCCAGGGGACUCCGAAAGGCAUGUAGGCGAUCUGGGAAACAUUGUGGCCGGACCGGAUGGCAGAGCUUCGUUUAGACUGGAGGACGGACAGCUCAAGGUAACGCAAGCACACAGACAGACAUGUUUGCCACAGGUUGUAAAUGGAGCUCAAGAAUAUGCUGCGCUGGUGCAGGUGUGGGAUGUGAUCGGCCGAUCUCUGGUGGUGGAUGCAGGGGAGGAUGAUCUGGGUCGGGGUGGUCAUCCUCUGUCCAAACAGACUGGAAACUCUGGCGAAAGGCUGGCUUGUGGGAUCAUUGCACGUUCAGCUGGCAUUUUCCAAAAUCCUAAACGGAUCUGUGCCUGCGACGGGGUCACGCUAUGGGAGGAGAGAGACCGGCCGAUAGCUGGGAAGGGCCGUAGCAAGACCAACUCAGAGACGCCGGCGGCCCACCUCUGAGCCUCCAACACUGCCGGGAGUUGGAACAGAGACGUAAUUCAGAGGAGAAACUGAGUGGAUAUUUCAUCGAUGGUGUCGGUGGAACAGAGGAGGACUGAGCUGUUUCCAUGGAUGACCAGACUUCAGUUCUUUAAAAAAAUGUCUUUAUGAUAAAAUCUAAAUGAUCUUGCACUAACAGCUUAUCCUGUGAAUGUUUGACUAAAGCAGGUUGGGACUUUCUUAAAGUUUCUUACUGUUGUGUUCAGACUUGUUAUAUCUGCUUUACAUGUGCACAGGCAGGAACAAAUACACCUCAGUUUGUGUUCAUAGUGAAAGCUGAUCAUAAAAGACCAAGAAUUUACAGUAAACAUGACACAGCGUCCUGCUCGUGUCAGCUGAUAGUUUGAAAUUAAAUAUGAUAAAAUUAAUGAUAUAAGUUUUUAGAGCCCAUAUUGCUUCAGAGGGGUGAGAGGUUUAGCGAUAACUCGAGGCAGUUCUUGCCAUAAGAAUGCAAAAGAUGGGCAGUAAAGUCAAACAAACAGCUGAGUCUUCAUCCACCUCAUGGGUCAUGAAAAGUCCGUCAGGACCACAGAUUUUUUUACAAGCAGCCAUGUUUCCUCUUCAUGUUUGUUCUAGCAGAGAUUUAAUGAAGUGAAUAUUAAAUCCAUGAGAUGGUGUGAGCAGCUCAGGCCAGAGAUUAAAAUGUGCUCUGGAGGAAGAGUCAAAUUUCGUCCAAAGUGAAAGGGCAAGAUGGAGUAAAUAAGAGAGAGGGCAGCCAUGAGGGAUUGUGUGCUCAGCUGUUUAAGCAUGGAGCGUAGCUUUCCUUUAUUGCUGCCGCAGCCAUAUUUAGAGUCAUAAACUUGAGAGUAACCUGUCUUUUUUUGUGAGAUGAGAUUUUGUAUCUGCUUAAUGAAUGUAAAAUAAAAGGGAAGUGCUACUUGCUGA